AUGGAUGAAACAAUGCAGCUAGGGCACUACAGCGAUACCAAGUUCGACCACCGUGUCGCCAAAGGAUUUCCCUGCAGCAAUCCAACGGUUGAUCUCUCGGUCAGUUGGGACGCACAAGGGAAGAAUCUUCUGAUCUACCGCCCUAGGGAACAAGUUGUGUCCAAAAUCCACCAGUUUGCGAAACCCGGCCAACAAGCUCCGGAGCCCCAAGCUGUCAGGUGGAAACCAGAUGGCCAAUUCCUUGCUGUGGGCUGGAGCGACGGUUAUGUGAGGUUGAUGGGCCUGGAGAACAACAAGGCUGCACAUCAUAUUCGCGUUUGUGGAGAUGAUACAGCGGCGCCAAACAUCACUCAUAUCGGCUGGUCACGUAACAUCGUAGGCAAAUCGCAACCAAAAACCCGGCAACCCGAUGUGCAACCAUGGCAAAAGCUCAUGUCAGACGAGCUGAAUCUCCCAGGCGGCCCGGCCCCAUUGGAUCUUCCCCGAGAACUCACCUUCUUGGAGGUGGACUCUGCUUUGCCGAAGAUCAGUCCUCUACCUAGUUCAAGUGCCGGAGCAGGCGAAGAUGGCUUGGUGUUCACGUUGAGAACAGGCAUAGACUUCCUGUUCCAGCCCUUCAACACAGAGGAUAGCGACCAAGUCUUCGUCAUGGUAGUAGGCACGAGCGAUGGUCGCCUCCAUCUCAGCAUCUAUGAUUCCUUCGUCAUCGGCGACUUCCGGUACACACUUCCCAGCUCCAUGUACAGACCAGGCGUGCUUCAGCUCAUCCAACAUGCCUCUCAUCCAGAGGUUUCCACCCACACUCUCCUCCUCAAAUCCUCAGCCGAUGAUGACCAGGCAGUAUACUUGGUUCCCAUGGAUCUGCCCUUCAUACCCUCAUCCCCAAUCAACAUCUCUCUCCUGGCGUCAAAGCUCACUACAUUGCAGAAGCUGCUACGUUAUGUGAAGCAGACGCAGCUCCACAUGCAAGUAGAGUAUAAGAACACGAGAGAACUGCCGUCCAAGUUCUUACGAAGUGUCGAGGGAGACCUAGAAAAGAUAUCACAUGGGCCGACAAACAUUGUUCAAGCUCUUUUCCACACAGUUGUCACUGGCCAUGCACAUGAGCCCCUCCGAGAAUGGCUGGUCGACAGUUUAGCCGAGCGCGGCCACAAGCGAUGGGACAAGGCCGUGACUGCUGGGCUGGAGAACUUGCGCGGGUUGAUCCAUGAAAACCUCCUUCCGUCGUUAGAAAGAUGCGCCAUCAUUCUCAGCCGCCUCCGUGGCCUCGCUCAGUUUUACGACUCACGCGACGACAUUGGUUUCUCCGUUGCUCAGAUCACCCGUGCAAUGGACAUUGUAUCUUGCCUUACGAUGGUUGGACACAAGAUCCUCCUGAACGUGAUGGAUGAACUCGACCUCUUUCAUGCCUUUUCUACAUGGAUGCGAUUCCAAAUUGACCGCUUUGCAGCCCCGAACUCGGCGACCGAAGAAUUAACAGAGAAGGAGGCUACCAUGGAGAAUAGCAAGGUUCUUGUCUACGUGCAGCGCUACCUUGUCGAGAGCCCGAUGGCCAUAUUCCUCGACGAAGUGGCUAAAGACGAUUACUCGGCGAAUUGGGAACGAGCUGAAAGCGGAACAUCGAUGCUCGAAGAGCUAGACACACAGCUUAAGCGCCAAGAGGAGGGACAGGCGUAUCUGAAGGCCUUCCCAAAUGUAGGCUUCCUCGUCGACUAUCUUACUAGCCGCGCAAAUGGCGUAUUCAAGGACAUUGCCGAAGCACAGAAGAGGAGCGUUCGAUUUGGUCAGCCGACAAAGAUUGGACUGGGUCAGAGAAUUUCAAAAAUCGACUCCACCAUGUGCUCGGAAAGGCGAGACGUAGGUGUUGAAACAUCAAAGUUGCUGGUGACUUUGGUUGACAUUCUGUUGCAGGACGACGUCGAUGGUCUGAGUUUUACGGCUGUGACCGCAGAAGGACGGGAUCAAGAGUUUUUCAUCUUUCGUACAUCCAUCCGCAUCAUCAACGGUAUCAGCAGUAGCGUCGCCACAACAGUUGCUGCCCUUUCUAUAGACGACGGCAAGAUCACCGAGGUGAAGUUCAUGAACAGCACCACACUGGUUCUGCUCCUGAGCAGACAAGGAAAACCCGCCAAUAUCGUGAUAGUCCCCAUCCAGUCUCCCGACAUCAAGUACGUCACCUACCAAGAGGGCACCCUGCCACCUUGUACGCCCAUAUCCGAGCAAAUCCACACAGGACUCGUCACAACCACACUCCCCGAAGACCCGUCCUUCACGCCGAUACGGAUGGACGUCCAGAAUGCCACCGACACCCGCGGCGAAGUCCCGGCACGCGUGUGCCUCCUCGGCGCCAACCGUUCGGUCUACAAGGUCUUCAGCCUCAAAUCCGGCCCCGGUGACGGCAACGACGUUUCGCGAAAGACGGCGGCGAAGGCGGCAGCCGCACGAGGCGACUAG